AACCUGACACACACUCAAAAAUGUAUGUCUUGCUCAACUUGAAGGAUGACAAAAUGCUGCAGAACGUGGUGCAGUUAUUGUUCGCCCACGGUCACCGACAGCUCUCUAUUGGUGAAACGAUCGAAAAUCUGUGUCCAACGUGUGAAAAGACAUCAUCAAAUCAACCAAUGUCUACCGUGACGUCAUCGACAACAUCACCCAUAACCCCAUCGACACCACCACGAGCUUCCUCCUCCUCAUCAAUGUUUGCUGCUUCAUCACCGUCCGCCGCCGCAACAUACAGUACGGUAACGACGGCUGCUCUUGUUGUUCCAACGACACUGCAAUCGCCGAAACGAGAAUUCGUAUGUUCGACGCCGAUUAAGAAUGGAACUUCGGACGCGAAGUCUCAUCUCAAACGACCAUUCGUGCCAAUCUCCCCAAUCCUACCUCAUCGUGCUCCACAAGAAAUCCAAAAAUAUGAAGAAGUGAGUGUAAAAGAAGAACCGAGUGAUGAAGGUAAUGAGGAUCCUGAUAUGUCUGUAGACGUUGAUGAAGACCUAGAAGAUCUCACUCUCAGUCAAGCACUUGAACUUUUUGAUAGGACAAACUUUCAGGAACCACGUACCAAGAAAGCAAAAGCUGAUGAGCCAUUUGGAGAGCUUUAUCAGUGUCAGUUAUGUAAGAAGAGCAUCUCAAGGCAUGGACAAUACGCCAAUCUUUUGAAUCAUUUGUCAAGGCAUGCAAGGUUACAUGCAUCGAAGAAACAAUAUUGUUGUCCAAAAUGUGGAGCCAGCUUCACAAGGAGGUACCUAGCAUCUACUCACAUUAAGGAAGUUCAUGGAGAGCCGAAGCUUCAGCCUCAUGAUUUUGCAGCCGAACUCCGCGAGGAAUACCGUCGGCUUCUUGAAAUGUGCUUCCCUGGAGCUGAUAAUCGCCGGAAACAGCAACAAGCAGUCACACAGGCAACAAAAGAUUCCAUUCUCAAUAUUCUUUCCGAUGAUAGUGGAGUUUCCGUCAACGAUUCUUCUGAUUUGAAUAUUUCUGUGGGAAAUGAAAAAAUCGAAGUACAUGUUGGAACGGCUGAUGGUGAUGAAGAUUCUUCAUGAUAUUCUUGGGAUUUUCCUUAUUUUUAUUCAAUUGUUCAUUUCUCAGGGUUGGCGUUUUCUCCCCUUUCCCCCUUCUCAACAAAAUCUCGUUGUCGUCUUUUUUUUCAAUUUAUUUAAUUUUCAAACCUGUGAUAUUCUACGAUUCUUAGUCAUUUUUCUUACCAGGUUUUUCUCUUUCAUUUUUCUUCAUAAUUAUUAUUGUUAGACUAGAGAAUUUUCACUGUGAAGAGCGGGUGUUUCUUUUUGUUUUCACAAUUAUUCUUCAGAAUUUAUAUUUUAAAACUCUCGUAACAGCUGGUCUCUGUGCCGUGCCUUGCUUUUGGUGUGAUAAUUUUUUGUUGGUCUGUUGAAUAAAUUUUUACAAUUUUU